AUGACUGUUGCCGGGACCUUCUGCUACAUCAACCCCGAGUACCAGCAGACGGGCAUGCUUGGGACCAAAUCCGAUGUCUACUCGUUCGGGGUCUUGCUGCUUCAAAUCCUCACAACACGGCCAGCUAUGGGUCUUUCGCACCAUGUUGAGACCGUGAUCAAGUCAUGCCAGUUUGUGGAUGUGCUUGACCGCACAAUUGUGGACUGGCCAGUUGACGGGGCCCUCUCACUGGCCAAGUUGGCUUUAAAGCAUUGUGAACUAAGUAGGAGGGACAGGCCCGAUCUUGUCUCGGUGAUCCUAACUGAGCUCGAGAGGCUGAGGGACGUGGGAUUAGAAGUGUCGUUUCUUGUUGCAUGUGUCGGUUUUUUCUGCGAACGGGAGGCGGCGGCGGAGCGCGCCGACGGCUCCGGUAGCGCAGCCGAGCACGUCUUUGACGAACAUGAAGAAGGCGAAGAGUCCGCUCUCGAGCGUACUCCGUUGAGCAUAGAUGGAGAUAGAUGA